UGUGCUUCAUUUAGAGAGCAAAAGAGAGGGGGAUAAAAAAAAAUUAAGGGUAGUAGCUCCUUAAUGAAUUACUUUUCUUCUUUAGGCAAUAAAUUUAAGCAACUUUGUAUAGAAUACUAUCAUAAAAAACAUCCUUUCCUACUAUCUAGCAUGAAAACUUCCAUGUUUAACUACAUCAUCUCUCAUGCCAAACCAUUUUGGCUUCAUCUUUGUUAUUUCCUCGUCGUUUCGUUGAUUGGUGUCAUGGCCUUGAAGGUCUCAAAGCCGAGGACUGAUGUUGAUCAGCUUACUAGCCUUGAUCUAUUUUAUACCGCUGUUUCAGCAUCAACAGUUUCUAGUAUGUCAGCAGUUGAGAUGGAAGUAUUCUCUAACUAUCAGCUCGUAGUCAUGACAAUUUUAAUGCUCCUAGGAGGUGAAGUCUUCACUUCCAUGCUUAGUCUCCAAUUAAGAAGGUUCAAAUUUUCUUCCUACGAAAGUACAAAGGUAGAUAAUUCAAAAGGAGAAGAAUCUAUAGAAUUAGGCAUAAUCAACCAAUUUUCGAGUACUAGUAAUGAUAAUAAUAAGAGCUAUUCAAGCUUUAAUUAUAACUACUCUAUUAAGUUAUUAGGGUAUGUGGUCUUAGGAUACAUGAUUAGUUUACUUACAAUUGGAUCAAGUUUAGUUACCAUGUACAUGAUCCUAACUCCUAGUGCAAAUCAUGUUCUUAAGAACAAAAGACUUAUUCUACAUACUUUCUCCUUUUUUGUCAUUGUUUCAACUUUUUCGAGUUGUGGUUUUGUACCUACAAAUGAGAAUAUGAUGAUCUUUAGGCAAAAUCCCGGUCUCCUUUUGAUUAUCAUCCCUUAUCUUUUCCUAGGAAACUCGUUGUACCCGGUGUUCUUAAGGUCUGUAACAUGGGUUUUAGAGAGGUUUACUAAGAGAAAAGAGUUUUAUUAUAUGUUAAACAAUUAUCAAGAGAUGGGUUAUGACCAUCUAAUGUCUAGUAAAAAGACAUGGUUUCUUGGUGCCACUACUAUAGGGUUUUGGGUGUUACAAAUCGCGGUAUUUUCUGGUAUGGAAUGGAGCUCAGGAGUUAUGGAGGGAAUGAGCUCGUACGAGAAGUUUGUAGGAACCAUAUUUCAAACGGCUAGUUCAAGACAUAGUGGAGAAUAUAUUGUUGAUCUCUCCAUAAUUUCUCCUGUUGUCUUGGUUUUAUUCAUCAUCAUGAUGUAUCUUCCAGCAUACACAUCAUUUCUUCCAGUCAGCAAUGAGCAUCAAGAAGAAGUACCAGAAAGUAAUAUAAUUACGAAAAAACAGAAUGAGAAGAAGAGGAUAAUAGAGAAUAUGCUACUAUCCCAAAUAUCGUAUUUGGUCAUCUUUAUAAUGUUGGUAUGCAUCACUGAAAGGAAAAGUUUGAAGGAAGACCCUCUCAAUUUCAGUGUUCUAAACAUUGUCUUUGAAAUCAUAAGUGCUUAUGGAAAUGUGGGUUUCUCAACGGGCUACAGUUGUAAACGGCGGUUAACUACUGAUAAAUAUUGCGAGGACAAAUUGUAUGGAUUUUCAGGGCGAUGGAGUAAUGGUGGAAAAUGUGUUCUUAUUCUAGUUAUGUUUUUUGGACGACUCAAGAAAUUCAACAUGCAUGGUGGAAAAGCAUGGAAAAUACUUUGAUCUUCUAAUACGAGCUAUAUGUUAUACGAAGUAUAUAUAUGGAGUAAAACGUAUUGGACCCUCCUACAAUAGGUGGGUAGCAAUUUCAAAAAUGAGACGCAUCCCUAUCAUGUUGGAAUUGGAGUAAAACAUAUUGGUUAGUUAUUAAUUUGUACUGUUAUAGACUAUAGGUUUAAUGCUUUAUGGCCAUGGAAAACUCUAGACGGAGGAAAAAUAUAAGGCUCUAUGGCCUGUUCUA